UUUGCCAUGGGGUCAUGUGAUGCAAAUCCAAAAAUCCCAGCCCCCCUAGGAGCCUCUCACAGAUUAGUGUGGCUGUGUGUUCAGAGAGAGAGAGAGAGAAAGCAGGCUUCAGUGGUGGACGCAGGCGCACUGAUCCGGUUCGGAUAGUAUUUCAGAUUCACAGCUUAGCUUUUUUUUUCAGUCAGAACAGCAGUAAACACUUCAGCACAAUUCCAUGCCACAACCUAAGAGAAACAUGAGAACAAAACUCUCACUUAUGUGGAAUUACAGAUUUCUAAUACUUUCACUUAUGUAAGUGAUCCUCAAGACUCUGGCACUGGAUACUUUCCAUAAAGGAGUUGUCUUCAUCUGCUUUUCCAUUGCACUAAAUAAUGAAAUUACUGACUUUUAGCAUGCGUUUUGUGCCUUCUAUAUUUUGACUGAGGCUUCCCAGUUCAAACAGCAGAGUACAUACAAAAUACGAAUAUCUUAAAGAGGAAGUUAGAAGAACAGCAUAACAGAUUGGACUGGACAGCAUUGUGCCAGCAAAAACAGAGCGGCUCUUUGAGAUGGCCACAGGAGGAAUCACAACCCUUCCUACAGUACCUGAGGAUGGAGCCAGUAGCACCUUCCCUCCAGGAGGCUUCAAGGAGCCCAAGAGACUCUAUUGUAAGAAUGGGGGCUAUUUUUUAAGAAUUAACGCUGAUGGAAGAGUGGAUGGAAUAAGAGAGAAAAAUGAUCCUUACAUAAAGCUGCAACUUCAGGCAGAGUCGAUUGGAGUGAUAACAAUCAAAGGAGUCUGCGCCAACCGCUAUUUGGCAAUGAAUGAAGAUGGACGGCUCUUUGGAUCUAAAUGUGCCACCGAUGAAUGUUUCUUCAUUGAGAGACUUGAAUCGAACAACUACAACACUUACCGUUCACAGAAGUAUUCUGAUUGGUAUGUUGCACUGAAACGGACAGGACAGUACAAAUCAGGAUCAAAAACGAGCCUAGGACAGAAGGCUAUUCUUUUUCUCCCAAUGUCAGCCAAGAGUUGAAGAUGCUUCAUUUUGGCAGAAA